AUGAGUCAAAUUGAAUCCCCUCCCUUUUCUCCUCGAUCAAUUUCUCUGCUACUGCCCAGAGAGAUCUUACAAUGGCUUCCGAAGCCCCCAUGGAUCUGCCCGUCCGGCCUGCCCCCGAGGCUGAUGGCAGUGCUCAAGCCGCCGCUGCCCCGCCAAGGGAUGCCAAAAAAAAGGCCCCCCCCUCCCGACGUUCUCCCAGACUGGAUGAUCGAGCGUAAUAAGCUCUUUGAGGAGCUCUGGCAACAAUAUUUGGAGGAGACCAAGAACCGUCCGCACCCCGAGAUUAACGUCACCCUCGAUAUCGGCGACGGUAACCCCUCCUCUGUCCCUGCAAAGGCCUACGAGACCACCCCCGGCUCUUUCCUGCGCGAUGUGCCCAAGGAAGUCAGCGCCGACGUUGUCGUUUCAAAAGUUAACGGAGAACUUUGGGAUCUGAACCGUCCUCUGGAAGGCGACUGCAAAGUGUCGCUGGUUAAGUUUCAGCACCAGGAAGGUCGGGACGUUUUUUGGCACAGUAGCGCGCACGCGCUGGGAGAGGCCUGCGAAUGUGAGUUUGGAUGUCUCUUGUCCCACGGUCCCCCGACCCCUCAGGGUUUCUUCUACGAUAUGGCUAUACCUGAAGGACGCGUCGUUCACCACUCCGACUGGCCCGCGCUUGAAAGCAGGGUCUCGCGCGUUCUCAAGGAGAAGCAGGCCUUCGACCGGUUGGAGGUUUCCAAAGAGAACCUCAAGAAGAUGUUCGCUUAUAGCAAGUACAAGCUGCACUAUAUUGACAAGCUUGUGACCGGGGAGAAGAGUACUGUUUAUCGUUGCGGCGAUUUAGUUGAUCUCUGUCGCGGUCCUCACAUUUCUCACACUGGUAAAGUGCGAGCCUUCAAAAUCUUACAGAAUUCGUCUGCCUACUUCCUCGGCGAUCAAUCCAACGACUCUCUCCAGCGUAUCCGUGGUGUCGCUUUCCCGGAUAAAUUGGGGAUGAAGGAGCACUUGAAGUUCCUCGAGGAGGCUGAAAAGCGGAACCACCUUAGAAUCGGAAAGGAGCAAGAGUUGUUCUUCUUCGACGAGGUCUCCCCUGGUUGUCCUUUCCUGCUUCCCAACGGAACCAAGAUCUUUAAUGCUCUUCAGUCCCUUCUCCGCUCGGAGUACCGCAAGCGCGGCUAUCAGGAGGUCCAGACCCCGAACAUGUACGACGUCGGCAUCUGGAAGCAAUCCGGUCACUGGCAGCACUAUGCGGACGAUAUGUUCAAAUUGAACGUCGAGAAGCGCGAGUGGGCUCUGAAGCCCAUGAACUGCCCGGGGCACUUUGUUCUGUUCGGCCACCGUGAUCGCAGUUACCGUGAGCUGCCCCUGCGCAUUGCCGAUUUUGGUGUCCUUCAUCGCAACGAGGCCUCUGGUGCUCUGAGCGGCCUGACCCGUGUUCGCAAGUUCCAACAGGAUGAUACGCAUAUCUUCUGUGCUGAGGAUCAGAUUAUGUCCGAGAUUGAGGGUCUCUUCGACUUCCUGCAGUCCAUCUAUGGAUUGUUCGGCUUCUCGUUCAAGCUCAAAUUAAGUACCCGACCUGACAAGUUCCUCGGUGAGCGCUCUACCUGGGACUAUGCCGAGGAACAGCUGAAGAAGGCCAUGACCAAAUUCAAGGGCGACGACUGGACCAUCGAUGAGGGUGACGGGGCCUUCUAUGGCCCGAAGAUCGACAUCACCAUUGCGGACGCCCUCAAGCGUGAGUUCCAGUGCGCCACCAUCCAGCUGGAUUACCAGGCGCCGAUCAACUUCAAGCUUGAGUACAUGAACAAUGAGAAGCCUAAGGAAGGGGAAGGUGAGAAGAAGGAGGGUGAGACCUCCAAUCAGCUCGCUGCUGGUCGGUCCCGCCCCGUGGUCAUCCACCGUGCCAUCAUCGGUAGCUUCGAACGUUUCCUGGGUAUCCUGAUUGAGCACUUCGCCGGCAAGUGGCCCUUCUGGAUCAGCCCUCGCCAGAUCCUGAUCGUGCCGGUCAUGCCGGCUGUCAACGACUACGUUGAGGAGAUGCAGCGUAUUCUCCAAGGCGACAAGCUGAACGUCGACAUCGACGUCAGCGGCAACACAUUGCAAAAGAAAAUCCGACGAGGCCAGUUAAUGUAUUACAACUUUAUCUUCGUUGUCGGCGCGAACGAAGUUUCACAACGAUCUGUGAACAUCAGAUCUCGCGACGACGCUAGUACCCAUGGACAAGGUGUGAUGGUGCCGCUCGAGGAGGCUCGGGUGAAGCUGCGGGCAUUGCGCAAGGAGCGUCGGUUGGAGAGUACUCUGUAG